AUGGAUUCCAGUGAUAAAAAUAAGAGUUUCACAUCAAGAAUUCCCGUGCGAGUGACUGAUAAAAAAAUUGGAAGAAAGCCAUCCCUGCCCCGGCAACCAUUAAAGACCAUUUCGAACAAUGAUACCAACGUCCCUAACAAUAGCAUAAUCAAUAAUGAAGAGAGAAUAACCAAACCGAUAAUAAAAGUUGAUACGCGUCAUGUUACUGUGCGAACGAAGAACGAUGAAAUAGGAUAUUACGUUUUUAGAGAUGAUAGUAUAACUAAUGUUACUUCCGAAGUAAGUGAAGAUAGAACGCCCCAAGACCAGCUAAAAUCGAAGAAUAUUAAGCAAGGCCUUAAGAGGCCUCGUAGCCCAGGAACUUCAGAUGAAAAUGUGAACAAGAAGCGUUUUUUUGAAUCAGACUGUGAACAAGGUACCAUACCACGUAAUGAACCAUAUGAAGUCGACGUAUUUCGCUAUUUGUUGGAAAACGAGGAGGUCUGGCCUUAUCCCAAGAAAUUGGGAAGAACCAAAAGUCGAGCGUGUUCCUUAAAUUGGAUGCUCGAGUUUGACGUAAAGAAUAGCGGAAACCCAGCAGUUGUACAAACGGCUGCGUGGUACUUCGACUCAAUAUACUCGCGGUGCAAUGUUCAAACGUCGGAUGUACCAGUAGCUGUGACAGCGUGCCUCUGGAUUUCUAGAAAGAUCCAUGGAAAAGCGAACACGGCAAAGACGCUGGUGCAUCGGUCAGGGAAGGUCUUUAAUGUGCCAACUUUAUGCAGGACUGAAUGGAGGAUAUUAAAACUUUUGAACUUCCCACGUCUACCGCAUAUUCCACAAGAGUUCAUAGAUUACUUGGCGUGGCGAUCUGGUGCGGAGGAUUUUGGGGAAAUACAGGCUGCAGCGUCCCUUAUUUGUACCACCGCUAUGAUACUGAAUUUGGAUAUGUGCAGUGAAUACCCUUCGACCAUAGCAUUGGCGGCCGUCAAAAUAGCUUUGUUGUUGCUAAAGAAAGGUCACCUUAUUGAAAAGCUGAAAAACUGUGUUGUAUAUAAACCAGACCUAAUUGAAGUGUGUAUGGCGCAGAUAAGAGCUUUUAUUAUGUUGCAAUCAGACGGCUUCGAAUUUACUGCCCCUAAUAAUCUUUGUAGAGAUAAGUACAAUUCAAUACCUCAGAAACUAUCUUUAGAACUGCACAGGUUGUGUCUUAAAGGGGAGACUUUAAUAAGGGAACUGUUGUUGUAA